GCACCUAAGUGCUGUUGUUGUGACCUUAUGCUCUAACCUUCAACCUAGCCGUUGUCAAAUUGUGAUCUACUAGUUUCUGAUCCCUAUCUCACCAAGUACUCCUCUUGUAACAACAAACCUUGGUGCCCCUCAACCUUGCAGCUCCUUUUCUUACAGCUGCAUAUUUUCAGUUUUAGCUUUAAGCAGCAUUUUAUGUUCAAACUGGUUAUAUGUUUUAGCACAUCUCUUAUGAUUAUUUAUUCUAUUAUAAAACAUGAUUAUAUAUGUUGCAUACUUCUAUAAACUACGAACAUAUGAAUACAUUUCAUCCACACAACAUUUGCUAAACUGAAGAGCAAAAGGGAAUGUAAAAAGAACCUGUUGGGAAGAAUGUCAAUGUCUUGAAUGUACCUAAAGUAUCUCUGAAGAGUGUCUAAAUGCAUUCAUUUAGACACAUUUUGGAGUUAUCUAGGAUGUGAUUUAGAAGCUACAGCAGAACCAGGCAUGUUCUGUACAUUUAUAUCCUGUUUAAUUUAAUUCAUGAUUGUGUUGUGUGACGUCAGUAGCUAAUAUGUUAAUAAAACCUAGGCGCCUUUUCUCCUACAUGUCAGAAGUAGAAAAGACAAGGGGAUUUGUGUUCAAUGACAACGGUAAAUGCCCAAAUUAGAUGGUGCAAAAUUCAACAUGCCCUUAGCCGACUACCUGUUUUUUGACUGCUACCAGUACCCGUACUACCGUAAAUGCAAAAAAAAAACAAAAACAAAAACGCAGAAAAAAAAUCUCUAAAGCUGCUGUUCGCUUUUGUCGGUAUAUCCAGUCCCUGUACUGUCGCUGGUGCUGUAACAAUGGAUACACAAUAACCAGUUCAGCGGUCACGUUUUGCUAAUUGCAGAUAUUCUCAAAAUAUUUUCGUGUCUCCUCCCAUCCCGGAUCUGGUCUGAUUCCACGUGUCUUUAGUGUCCACGUCUCUAAACAACUAUGGGUGGGUUAGGGAACGGACGUCGUGGAGGACGAUCACCCCCUCUCCUGAUUGGUGCUCUGAUUGCCUGUGUCCUGGUUCUCGGAUUUAACUACUGGGUCUCAAGCUCCCGCAGCCUGGAGCUACAGACAAAGCUGUAUGAGUUGGAGGGUCAGGUACGGAGGGAAGCAGUGGAUCGAGGAGAUGCGGAGCUGAAGAAGACUGAGUUCCAGGAGGAGAUCAAGAAACAGGAGGAGGAGAUCAUCCACAUUGAAAGUUUCUACAAGAAACAACUGGAAGUAGUCGGGGACACUUGUGAGAAAGAUAAGGCCAUACUCCAGCAGAACAUUUCAUCCUCUGCAAAAGCCACGCAAGAACUCAGAGAUACAUUGAACCAGCUCAAUGACAACCUGGCGAAGCAGGAGAAGGACCUGCAGAGUUGUCAAGGCAACAUAAACGCCCUGAACACCAAACACACAAACGAAAUGUCAACCUGUCACUCUCAGGUCCUGUCUCAAAAGGAGCUGUGUGAUGAAAAAGUGGAGGCUGCUAAACCUGAAAUUAAGAAAAAGAUGGAGAAGCUUAACCCUGCCCGCAGUGGUCUUUUAGUGAAUAACUCUGAAGCUGGAGCAGCAAAAGAAAAGGAACCCGUAAACGCUGAAAAACCAGCAAAGAUGAAAAUAGCUGUCAACCAGAACUCAAGCCUUUCUAAGCCCACAGAAAAUAAACCAUCUCAACUGCAAACUAAUGACAUCAUAGUAGACAAUGUGUACCACUCACUUCUGAAGGAAGUUGGUAAAAAGGAGUCUCCCUCUGCUGCUGCUGUCAAGCAGGACACGGUGCGACCACCAGGUGGCCCUGUGAAAGCACAAGUGGGUGAGACAAAAACUGAUAAAGAUGUAAAGAACAACCUGAGUGAAAAUAAUGCUGUGGAGGUGAUGGACGUUCACGAAGAGGAGGAUCAAACGAAAGACGCUGGUGUGGAAGGCAUGCUGGAUAACCAGGGGAAGGCCCAUGAAAAUCCUGUAGAUCAGAAAUUGGAAGAACCGGAUGAUUAUGAUGCAGAGAAACAAAUAGUGGAAGAUGAAGAAGUGGAGAAACAGCCGGAAAAUAAAAAGGCUGAAAAUAUAGACCUGGAUAUGGAGAAGGAACUGGCCGACUACAAUGGAGAUGAUGAGAAUGAAGGGGAGUUUGAGGCAGACAAACAAGCAGAGCUGGCACAGAAAUGAGGUCGUGCUCAUGACCUUCACCAACAUUGUAACAAAUAAAUGACUGGCAGCAGAUGAACACGGCUGGAUUUAAGGACAUAGAACAUGUUUAACACUCCAACACGUGGGCUCCACACAGGUUACUGCAAAAGUGGAAACGUACUAAACAAGAAACAAAUCACUGUCUGAUUUUUGGUCUAUCUGGGAUUUGGUUGAGAAGUUGUCUUCUGUCAUCUUAAUCAAGUUUGUCUACACAAAAUACUUAACUACAUCUAAAACAGAUACAGUUGUAGGAUUUUUUUUAUGUAGCGAUUGUAACUGGUUAUGAUCAAUAGCCACCACCAGGGGGCAACAAAGAUAAUUUGCCUCCACUAUGAGGAGCUUCCAUGCUCUCAUUAUUUCUUUGUCAUUUUUGUAAUGUAUGUGCAUUCACAUAUAUAAAUAUCUAUACAGUCUAUAAAGUCAAUGGGAGUGUGUUAAGAGUCACAAAGGUAUAAUAGGUCUAGAUUCGUUUUCUUUAUUUAACAAUAGGUAAAUUGGUUUUAGAUACAUUGUUCAUGUUUACUCUGUGACUUAAACACUGUAACUUGAUUAUGAUGUGAAGACCCUUAAAGGGUAAAGCGAUAAGUGGAAAAUGAUCUGGACUGAUCUUAGUGACUGGGUGAUAUGAACGACCUCUGCCUUUUCGCUCAGUGGCAUGGCAGCAGAUGGAACAAUGCCUUUAAAAUCAUGUUUUCAAUGAAGGAAGUGUAUUGAUGUUCAUGCUCAUUGUUAUUACUGAAAACACAUGUUCGUUUUUCUGUUUACUGUAGAUCCAAAGAUUCAGACUGGCGUCAGUAAACACCACAUUUACAAAUUACAAACCAUUAUCUAUUAAACUAUUUCAACAUGUGGUCAACUGCCUUUAGGCUUCACUUUAAUAUUUAACCAUGUUAGUGCGCAAAACUAGAUGUGACAGUCAAACUCCUGGAAGCGUAAGGGUUUGUUUAGCAAAACAAGAUAAAAUAAAUAGCAUAAAAACAGUAAUCAAUACUGCUUUGAAAUUGAUCUGUUGUAAAUUCAACUGCACCAUUAAGGUCAUUGUCCAACCAA